AUGAAUCACUACUCCUCUCUCUUGUUGGUGCUUCUUCUUGUUUAUGUUUCUUCCUCCAAUUCAAUUUCAAACAAUGUUAUUGAAGUAGAUGUCAUUUGCAAAGAAGCCUCCAAUCCUUCAUAUUGUUCAAAUAUACUCAACUCAAAGCCUGGAGGAGCAAAAGGUGUAAGCCUUGUUGAUCUCGCAGAUUACAUAAUUGAUGCUCUUAUUGAAAAUUCGACCAACACAGACAGACUGAUAACUAAAUUGAUUUACCAAAUGGAUAAUGAUACUGAAAUAAACUAUUAUAGUCAAUGUAAAUCAAAUCUUAUCAGUUCUGAUGGUGUCACUGUUAAGCUUAUACAUGCAUCAUUUGAUUUGACCAACAAGCGGUAUCCAGCCAUGGUCAAAAAUAUAGAUGAUGUUAUGGAAUACAUUCUUGAAUGUAUUGAUAGUCUUCAUCAACAUAAAACCAGUCCUUUAGUCGCAAGAGUUGUUGAUGAUUAUCGACAGAGUGUACAAGUGCUUCAAAUUAUAGCAAAAUAUUUAAAUUAUGGGUAA